AUGCACAUCCAAUCACUCACCGUUCCCCUCCUGGCGGCGUCCUUGCCCCUAGCCUCGGCUCAGCUUGACUACUACGCGAAGAAAGCAGGCUUGUUGUACUUUGGUGCUGCAACUGACUCCCCAGGACAGCGCGAGCGCGCUGGGCUGGAGGCAUCCUACGAGCAGUACGACGCCAUCCUCGAGGAUAUCAACGAGUUUGGCCAAACAACCCCGACAAAUGGGCAAAAGUGGCUUUUCACCGAGCCCUCGCCGGGUGUUUUCAACUUCACAGAGGGCGAUAUCGUGACCUCCAUCGCCGAAGAGAACGGCCAGAUCCUCCGUUGCCACGCCCUUGUCUGGCACAGCCAGCUCGCCCCCUGGGUUGAGAAUACAACAUGGACGCCCGAAGAGCUCACCGAGGUGAUUGUCAGACACAUCCACGAGGUUGCUGGCCACUACAAAGGCAAGUGCUACGCCUGGGACGUCGUCAAUGAGGCUCUUAACGAGGACGGCACAUAUCGCGAGUCCGUUUUCUACAACGUUCUCGGCGAGGAGUACCUUAAGUUGGCCUUCCGCACCGCGGCCGAGGUCGAUCCGGCGGCGAAGCUGUACUACAACGACUACAACCUCGAGUCGGUCGGUCCCAAAAGCGAGGGCGCCAAGCGCAUCGUGAAGCUGCUCCAGGACGACGGCAUCAAGGUUGACGGCAUUGGCAUGCAAGCUCACCUCGUAGCUGAUAGGGCGCCUAGCCUGGACCAGCAAGUCGAGGUCAUUCGCAGCUACGCCGAGCUCGGAGUCGAGGUUGCCCUCACAGAGCUGGAUGUCCGUGUCGAGCUCCCGGUAAAUGAGACAAACCUGGCGUGGCAAAAGGAGGCGUAUAAGAACUCUACCAGUGCCUGUCUUCAAGUAGCGGCUUGCAUUGGCAUCACGAUCUGGGAUUUCUACGACCCCUUCAGCUGGGUUCCCGCCGUCUUCCCGGGUGAAGGUGCUGCCCUUCUCUGGUUCGAGGACUUCAGCAAGCACCCGGCCUAUGAUGGCGUUCUCGAGGCAUUGAAGAACACGACUGCGGCUCCCUGUAGAAGGAGGCGGUCCUUGGGGUCUGGCAAGAGCAAGAAGCUGUUUUAG